GUAGGCCCACUGCACUUUAUGAAUAAUGAAAAAGUGACGUAAACAAUGCGGCUCCUCUUUGCGGCUCCAGGCUCGAGGCGCGCGCACGGAGGCGUGAUGCGGCCGUGACGUGGUUCGAGUCGGGGAUCUUUAAUCCUCUGCCGCAGCAGCAGCCCAGCCGGUCACCGGAGGAGGGGGGCAGCACGGUUCGGACAGGGGAAUGGGCCGCGCCGGCUAGGAAACGCGCAACCAGGCCGAAGCAGCUCGGUGUUCAGGUUUCGACGGCGAGUCCGCCGAGACGAGGAGAGACUCCGACGGGAAGCAGGCGAGUAUUUCUGUCUAGGCCUGACCCCCUCCACCUCCAGCCAAUUCACUCAUAUCCCCCCCGCCGCCACCACCACCACCACCAGCUGGAAGGACCACACAGAGACACACCGGCGGUCGACUGUACGCCGUUUUUUAAAAGCGCUUUCCUGCCGAGUUGAAACGUCAAACUUGGUGUUCGUAGAUUUCGCCGCCGCGCGGAUCCUGCGCCUCGCCCUGCCAGUUUCCCCGAGAGUCAUUUAUUCCUCGGUUCGCCCUUCACGAGCGCCGCCGCGUCCCCUCGUUUCCUGUCAGCGACUGCGCAUCAGCACAACAUGCAGGAUGAGCCGGUGGGGGUGACAGCCGCUCAGUUGCCCCCAUCAGCCCAGGAGGAGGAGGACCGCAUCAGCAGCAGCACCAGCGGCGGCGGCGGCAGCAGCAGCGGCGGCUCGGUCAGCAAAUCCGCGAAGCGAGCCGUCCAGACCGAGAGCCAGCCGAGCUCCUUCACGUCGGAUUACAUCCACCUAACCCAGAAGAUCUCUUUCCCCGAGCAUUUCUGCCACACGCAGUCCCUCUGUGACCUUCAGCGGAGCACACAUCAGCAGCUCCGGUUCACCCCGGCAGAGCAGUUCCCCCCGCCCCCGGGGCGCUUCGGUCACCUGCAGCCCUUCUCCAGCGCCGCUGACCCCCGCGGCUCUGCUGUGGAGGCGGCCGAAGCCGAUGCUGCGACGCCAUCGCCUCCCUCUGGCAAUCUGAACGAGAUCCAAAUGGACUCCCCCAUCGCCCACCACUUGAAUAACGGCAAUGGCAGCAGCAGCAGCACCGGCAGUAUGCUGUCCGGGGGUCUCGGCGCCGCUUUCCCCAACCUGCCCUCCUCCCAGGAGAUCCAGAGCGCCGGCGGCGGCCCGUCCUCGCCCUCCCUCCCCGGUUUCGGCACCCCUUGGUCCGUGCAGACCAGCUCCUCGCCUCCGCCGGCGGCCAGCUCCAUCAACCCCAUGCACGCGAACGCCAUCAGCCAGAUGCCCGGCGCGGACUCCGAGAACAGCUUCUACCCGGGCAUCCCGUCCUCCAUCAACCCGGCCUUCUUUCAGAGCUUUUCGCCGGUGUCGGCUAAUCCGUGCGCCGGGAUUAACGUGCAGGGCUUCGGCGGCCCGUUCUCGCCUCAGAUGAACGUUCCUCAGCAGCCGCAGAGCCGCAGGUCUCCGGUCAGUCCCCAGAUGCACCCCCAGCAGGGCGCCUUCCUGCAGCAGAGGAACAAUUACAACCAACACCAGCCCAUGAUGAAAGCGUCCCCAUGGGGGAGCCACCAGGGUAACGGCUGGGGCGGCGGCGGCGGCUGCGGAGGUGGGGGCAUGUCUUGGGGCCGGGACCACCGCAGAGGCAGCGGCAUGGGUGUGCCCGGCUCCGUCAGUCACGCCUCGCCGCUGAAGAAGCCCUUCUCCAGCAACGUCAUCGCCCCGCCCAAGUUCCCACGCUCCGGAGGGUCGCUGGGGCCGAAGUCCUGGAUGGAGGAGAACAUGUUUCGCACAGACAGCAACAGCAACACCAUGUUGCCCCUGCAGGACCGCUCCAGAAUGUACGACAGCCUGAACAUGCACUCCCUGGAGAGCUCCCUGAUCAACAUCAUGCGAGUGGAGCAGGAUCCGAUAAAAGGCCGUGUGGGCUGCCCUAACCCCGGGGCCGACGGCCUUCUCAUGCUCAAUGCCAGAAGCUAUGGGAGACGUCGAGGCCGCUCCUCUCUCUUCCCGAUCGACGACAAUCUCCUCGACGACGGCCACGGCAACCAGGGUGUCCCGGGUGUCCUCGGCUCCCCCAACUGCUACCCCCACCAAAACGGGGAGCGCAUCGAGCGCUUCUCUCGUAAGGUGUUUGUGGGGGGCUUGCCUCCUGACAUAGACGAAGAUGAAAUCACCUCAAGCUUCCGUCGCUUUGGUCACCUGGUGGUCGACUGGCCACACAAAGCUGAGAGCAAAUCCUACUUUCCCCCUAAAGGAUACGCCUUCCUGCUGUUCCAGGAGGAGACCUCGGUGCAGGCCCUGAUUGAAGCGUGCAUGGAGGAGGAUGGGAAGCUCUACCUGUGUGUUUCCAGCCCCACCAUCAAGGACAAACCAGUGCAAAUCCGACCAUGGAACCUGAGCGACAGUGACUUUGUGAUGGACGGGUCACAGCCUCUCGAUCCCCGUAAAACCAUCUUUGUGGGAGGAGUCCCUCGUCCCCUGAGAGCAAUUGAGCUGGCCAUGAUCAUGGACCGCCUCUACGGUGGAGUGUGCUACGCAGGAAUCGACACAGAUCCAGAGCUCAAGUACCCUAAGGGGGCGGGGCGGGUGGCCUUCUCCAAUCAGCAGAGUUACAUCGCUGCCAUCAGUGCAAGAUUCGUCCAGCUGCAGCACGGAGACAUCGAUAAGCGGGUGGAGGUGAAGCCCUACGUCCUGGACGACCAGCUGUGUGACGAGUGCCAGGGCGCUCGCUGCGGCGGGAAAUUCGCUCCCUUCUUCUGCGCUAAUGUCACCUGUCUCCAGUACUACUGCGAGUUCUGCUGGGCCAACAUCCACUCCCGCGCAGGGCGAGAGUUUCACAAGCCCCUGGUGAAGGAGGGCGCCGACCGCCCGCGCCAGAUCCACUUCCGCUGGAACUAACAGGGGU